UCUGCGCACGCUCUUGCCCACUGCGGGCGGGGUAGCUGAGGAGGCUCCGCGCGCCCUCCUGACAGGCCGAGGGAGACGCCGCCGCCGCCGCCGCCAGGACGAUGCUGCAGCCCCGACGCCGCUCACGUUGAGCCCGCCGGUGGUGGGCCUUGUAAGAAUAAUGUUGAACAUCCAUCCUCUGGAGAACCUCAAGGUUUACAUCAGCAGCCGACCUCCGCUUGUGGUGUUUAUGAUCAGCGUCAGUGCAAUGGCGAUUGCCUUCCUGACCCUGGGCUAUUUCUUUAAGAUUAAGGAGAUCAAGUCACCUGAAAUGGCAGAGGACUGGAAUACUUUCCUUCUGCGGUUUAAUGACUUGGACUUCUGUAUUUCGGAGAACGAAACGUUAAAGCAUCUAAUUAAUGACACCACGACUCCGGAAAGUGCCAUGACCAGUAGCCAAGCCAGGCCUUCCACACCGUCGCCGCAGACUCUUGAGGAUUCUGGUCCAAUCAACAUCUCAGUAGUCAUCACUCUGACUCUGGACCCCCUCAAACCCUUUGGUGGCUUUUCCCGAAACGUCACACACUUGAGUUCCACCUUUUUUGGACACCAAAUUGGGCUCUCAGGCAGAGAAGCUCACGAGGAAAUCAACAUCACAUUUACCCUGCCCGCCGCCUGGAACUCAGACGACUGCAUUCUCCACGCUCGUUGCGAGCAAGUCAGCUUCACCACCUGCAUGACGGUUACAGCAGCCAGCACUGUCUUUCCAGUCACAGUUCAGCCGCCUCAUUGCAUUCCGGAAACGUACAUUAACGCCACUUUCUGGUACAAGAUCUUUACCACUGCACGGGACUCCAACACAAAAUACGCCCAAGAUUACAACCCUUUCUGGUGUUACAAAGGAGCUAUUGGAAAAGUCUAUCACGCAUUAAAUCCUAAACUGACUGUUAUUGUUCCAGAUGAUGACCGCUCCCUAAUUAACCUGCACUUAAUGCACACCAGUUACUUCCUCUUUGUGAUGGUCAUCACCAUGUUCUGCUACGCUGUCAUCAAAGGCAGACCAAGCAAACUACGGCAAAGCAAUUCAGAGUUCUGCCCUGAGAAGGCCGCUUUUACAGAAGCGUGAUCCGCCAGUACCUUCCUCCAAAAGCGACCGAGUCUGCAAUCGUUGCCUGCUGAACCCAGAACUGGGCCCUCAUUCUUUACGGUUUCAGUAUCUUGUGACGUUGGGUUAUUCCAACCAAAGACUUUUUAAGUGCCUGUAAUGGAUAUUUAUAUAAAGUGUACUUGGAACCGGUUAAAGCCAGGGCACUCGAUCACAUUUGUAGUGCAGCUGGUACUGUUUGGAACCAUUUUCCCUGUUCGUGUUGGACUGUUUUGUGACGGUGAGGCUCUGUGUGGUCAGAGCCAGAGGGGGUGUCUCUUUUAAUUAUUAUUAUUAUUAUUAUUUGCUGCAUUGGGACAGUUAAGAUGCCUUUUGCAAGCAUCUCAAAAGGAAAAAAAGCACCUUAUUUUCCCAGUGGUAUGUACAGCGUGUUGGAGACGAUCUGCAUCUCUGCUACAAUACUGCAACUCUACAUGGACUCAGUGUGCGAGAGAGACAGUUUCUUCUUUUCCAUUCACACCAUGCUUGCAGAAAGAUACCAAUAUCCCUAGAUAUAUAUAUAUCUAGACACCCCUAGAUGUAUAGGGGUGGAAACAACAACACCAUAUUCCUGUUUUACUACUGGCUGUAGCUAGGAAAGAUAGCGUGCUUGUCAUUUUAGAUUCAGAAAAGCAAAACUUCCGUCAAAAGUGCUAAAAUGUUGAAGUUGCUUCAGGCUGCCUCUUUGUUGGUUUCAUCCUGGAUCUUGAAUCAGAGGAGUCCCUGUAGCACAGCUUUUAAUGAUAAUCUGUGCAUGCAGGGAAAUGAUAGAAUACGGAGUUCUUGGAACUGUCUCAUUUCAGGCUGAAGGCAGGGAGGACAAUUUUCCAAUGCUUCCCUGCAAGAAGAGGGGGGGGAAAUAUCUUGAGGUGUAGAACAGUCUCUUGCAUUUCAGGAGGUAGAUUAGCCUUGUUCCUGACAUGCUACUUUUCAGUAUGCAGGUAUUUUUGUUUGUUUGUUUGAGUGUGUGUCGGGAGGGGUGAGCUGUUCAAACAUGCAAUGCCUCUUCUUUUAUCUGAAGGAGCCUUGUCCUGGGCCGCCUGUGCCCUGUGGUUGAUCUGCGUGUCUUGGUCACUGUGUGAAAACUGAAAUUCCAUUUGGGAUUUGGGGAUCUUUAACAAAAGGAGAAAGAAGCCAGACUCAUGCAGUCUGGGCAAGUAGUCCCGUUGAUCCAGCCUUUUUUAACUUUUUUUUUUUUGGCUUAUUCAUUGUCUGCAAAAAGAAAACAGCAGGAAACUUGCGCUGUGGAGGAAUCCAUCUGGACAGACAGACCUCCACCUGGGUAGUCCCUGCAUUCAGAUUUGGACUCUGCUCAGUCAUUUGCUUGUUGGGAGUUCUGUUGAUUAUGCACAGCUUUCCUUUCUCUGCCCUUCCUUCAGCUUUCUUGUUUGCACAACUAUUUUUGAAUCCAUUCUUCAGUGUCACUUAAACAUAACAGAGAAUUCCUGAACACACUUGUUGCCACUGCGUUGAAGACAUUGCUGGUUGCCUUAAUGACUCUCCUGUUCUGCUUUCCCUAUCUGAUAGCAACAUUGUCUUGGGUUCUUCUUCCUCCUCGAGUAGUUUGUAAGUGGCUUCUUUUAGUGUUUACACAAAUUAACAAAGCUUGUAGAUUGCUUUCAUGUCGGAGUUCCUUUAUUCAUUCUCUGGAUUACUUUUUGUUACGUUGUCAUGUCUCCCAGAUAGGAUUAUAUCCAGGAACCUUCAGGUUUUAAUAUUGGGUAAAAGUCUGGGAGUGAAGUUUAAAAAAAGCAUCCUCUUUGAAGAAAACUGUUAACGAAAUGAAGUUUUAAGUGUCCUGGCCUGGAAUUGUGGGCUUUGGGGGAAAAAAAUCUUGUACUCCUCUUUCCUUUUGCUUUUAUGGUCCGUUCCAGACAUUAGAUAGCGAUGGUUCAGUCAUGAUAACAGAGAGAGGGGAAUUGGGGGACAGUCAUAGAGGGGUGUGUGGGUGCGCAGAAGCUAAAACGUAUCCAAACAGAAUGAUUCAAAUGGAAUAUCACAGUGCUUGUUCGGAUCAUAUUGAUCUUAACUUUUUUUUUCCUGUUUUCGUUUUUCACUAUUACUUGAAUCAGUUUUGAUUCUGUUUGUGUUUUCUUGUUAGAAACUCUUCCAUUCCUGUUGUGUUGUUCUUUUGGCAUUAUAUGAAGAUUCACAGCUUUAUUUUUCUUCCUGUGCCCCCCCCUUCCCCCAAAACAACUCCUCUGCAGGAGAUGUAUGGUUAAGAUGGCUAUUUACUUGCCUCUGGGCCUGAUGGUCAGUAACUGACUUUGGUAAUGACAUUUCUCUCUUUUAAUUUUAUUUGUGUGUUUGUGAGAUGUGGAUAUUGCUUUGCAAAAAUAAAGUUUAUUACUAUCAGUCCCCUUGAAAAUA